AUGGGGAUGAACCUGAUCAUCAAGGCGGCAGACCGGGAGACUAGAGGACCCAAGACUUCAUCAGGAGUGCGAGUACCACCAAACAGAGGGUUCAUGGACGACCUGACCAUAACAACUACCACCCACGUGCAGGCGCGAUGGAUCCUGUCAGCACUCGAGGAAACAGUUGGAUGGGCAAGGAUGAAGUUUAAACCAAGGAAAUCUCGAUGUGUUGUGAUAAAGAAAGGGAAAGUGACCAGAAAGUUCAAGCUCUCGAUACAGCAGGAGGAGAUCCCAACAAUCGUAGACAAUCCAAUCAAGUGUUUAGGAAAGUGGUUUGAUGCUAGCCUGAACGACAACAAGAAUAUCAAACGUUUGCAGAACCAGGUGGAAGAAGGUUUGAGGAGAAUUGACAAAUCAGGACUGCCCGGUAAAUUCAAAUCGUGGAUGUACCAACACGGGCUCCUACCACGCCUCACGUGGCCUCUAACCCUGUACGAGGUUACCACUACCACAGUGGAAAUCCUGGAAAGGAAAAUUAGCAAAUGUCUACGACGUUGGCUUGGAGUCCCCCCAAGUUUCACCAGUGUGGGCCUUUACAGCACCACAGGCAAAUUACAACUCCCAUUAUCAUCACUGGUAGAAGAGUUCAAGGUGGCAAAGGUUAGGCUGGUGAUGACUGUUAGAGACUCCAAAGAUGAAAGGAUCCGGAAUGCUGGAAUUGAGACUCGAACAGGACGCAAGUGGUCAGCAAGUAUUGCGGUACAGGAAGCAGAGAGCAGGCUAAGGCACAGCGACAUCGUUGGGACUACCUGUAUAGGCAAACAGGGGUUAGGGUCAACGCGGGUGGAAAGGUGGGGAACAGCAGACACGGCUGGUAGAAGGAAGAUGGUUCAAGAUAACAUCAGGAAGAUGGAGGAAGAGAUCAGGAAGGUUAAAGCUGUAGAAAUGGGAGCACAGGGAGCAUGGACCAAAUGGGAGACAACGGAAAGACGUCUUACAUGGGCAGAUAUCUGGAAGUUGGAACCAUGUAGAAUCCAGUUCCUCCUGCGAUCAGUGUAUGAUGUCCUACCAACACCUACCAAUCUCCACCGAUGGGGGAUGACGGAAAACCCCAACUGCCCACUGUGUGACAUUCACACGAGAAGACAGACUACAAUAUUCACAAGAUUUAUUUACAGUUUUCCUACAAUAAUAUUUCCGGACAAUUUUUUACAAACAUGA